UGCGGUUCGCUGCAUUCUUGGGUUAAGCUUGAUUUAUCGUGGUUAAGUGGAGGGGCAGCUCUGAUAUAUAGAGGCCCGUCUUGAGCUCAGGCUCUCGACUCUCAUCAUGCCUCCUGUGGUUGCAAUCCCUGACCCUAUAGGGGACCAGGGUGAGCCAGUCGCUCUCAACGACAUCGACAUCAUCCAGACCACACCUACCACACCCUCAGACAUUACGAAAACCCUCGCCGCCCGCUCAACAUCCUCCACCACAACCAGCGCCGGAUCCUCCGCGGGCAGCGGUUCCAUAAGCCCUACCAACAUUAACAUGCAAGGUAUGCUCGCACUCUUCGCCAUCCUCGGCGCCAGCUUCGUCAUCGCCAGCAUCUGGUUUUUCUUCUGGGCCAAAAACGGCGGAUUUGUGUGGCGGAGGGGGGAUUGGGAGGAUUACAAAUCCACUGUCCUGCGCCGCAAGGGUCCCGAUGGGAAGACUCUGAGUAACGCAACGAAGAGCACAAAGCUGGGUGGCGGCAGCAUCAAUGGAUAUACUGAUGAUGGUGGCACGGUCACGGAUAUGACUGAGACAGCGACGACGGUGACGAAUGAAAAGGGGCAGCAGCCGCGCCGGAAGAAGAAGUUUAGAGAGACUGCGAAAGAGAAAUUGCUGCGGAAGAGAAAGGAAGAGAAUUGGGAAGGCCAGGGCGAUGAUGACAUGCGCGCGUAUCGGAAGGAGAAACCCGCGCGCGUGGGUGGGAUUAACGCCCAGGGUGAUACGACGUAUUAUGGCACUGAUUACACCCCUAGCUCGCCCCCGACGGCAUAUACCGAGAGUGAGAUGCACGAGCAACACCGUCAUCAUCCUCGAUACUCAGAGGACCGCCACCAUCGGGACACGCGCAACGUUUCAGGGUUUUCAUUCACCGCAGGUAAUGAGGAUGUCAUCAGCCAGGCUGCUGCAGAAGAGCAUCUCAUCCCUGACCCCACGCACGCGCGUCGUGAGACUCGUCGCCAGCAGAGACCGCAGCAGCAGGCUACUACUGACGGCCGUCGCUCUCGCCAUAACAGUCCGCGCAAACGUGAGGCUCCUCGCGGCUCCAUGCCGGGCGGAUACACCGAGCCACUAGACUUUUCGUCCCGCGGCACAAACUCUGAGUAUCAAUACUCGACUGUUGACACUGAAGACGACGCUGGCACAAAGUCCUACCACCACCCGAUCCCGGGAUUGACCAAGGGAUAUCGUCGGGAUCGUGAUGGCAGUGGACGACGGAGGAGGGAUAGUUUGAGUGAUAGUGAUUAGUUGCUUUAUGGGAAUGAUCUUAUGAUGGAUAUUGGUUUCUUUUGUUUGAGGGAUGGGUUGGCAAGGGUUUGGAUGCAUUGUGUCCUUGUAUUAACUACGUAGUAUGAUGAUUCGAUUGCCGGUUAUAGCAAUGAUGAAUUGAAUGUAUAUUGAGAAUAAUUUAUUACACUUGGUAUUGCAAUUGGAC